AUGAAGAGUAAAACGUUGCUCAUUCUCACCUUAAAAGAGCACGAGGAUGGAAUAUGGAUCCGCCGACUGGUCCAAUCCUUGCAAGCGACGGCUAAGGAUCAUCAAGUCUUCUUGAGCAGUGAGACAGACACAGAUACUCCCAACACUAUAGUCCAGGAAUCGCCAUCCCAACAAAUUUUCAUUCGAGUGCAACCUGUGGAGGAAUGGCUGGCACAGGGAUGGGUAGUAUCAUUGUCACCUAGCUUUUUUGAAAACGUCAUGGGAAUCAUCAACAGGGUCUCGGAUGCGGCGAGUCCUGCACUUUUCAAAGCCACUUGUGCGAUUUUGGGAGCCGCACAGCUCCACCAGAUUCCAAUUGUCAAUGGACCAAUUACCUACUCCUUGUGCGGGAACAAAUGGUGUCAUCACAUUUUGUUUCAACAGGCUAGACUAGAAUCACCGAAAACGAUGGCUUAUUGGAACGAAGAAGGCGAUAAAGCAAACGACAGUGUGGGUCCAAAGAUGGAGGCACUGGCUGCGAAUGGUAUGCAGCAUGGAAAGAUUGAAACAGACCUUCUUAUCAAACCUAAUUCGGGUGGGUUUGGUGCUGGUAUCCAGCGUGUCAAGGUGCCUUUGGAAGAACCGCUUCCAGUGUUUGAGGAUUGCAUCACCUUGGUGCAAGACUACCAUCCACCAAAAGACAAUCAGCUGUAUCGAAUUUGGUUCUUGCUCGGCAAAGUGCAGUGCGCCGUCGUUAGGUCCAUUACGGAUAGCGACAAUGAAUUCAUCAAUGCUUGUUCAGGCGCCUGCUCGAUCCAAAAGCCCCCUUCAGCUUGGCUAGUCUCAGAGAAUGUCCGAACAGAAGUGGAAGACCAACUGUUGCCUUUGCUGGCCGAUGCUCAUUGCGGCAGCAUCGAGUUUCUAUAUACUCAGGACGAAAGCAAUAAGCGACUCUACUUUGAUUUGAAUCUACUCUCGACGCUUCCAACAAGAGUGUCCAAUACAGGAGGUGUUUGGGCAGAUGAUUAUGAUCCGUGGAUGGAAUUGGCCAAUGCUAUUUGGAAGGUGGUUGCCGAAAAAGAGGAGAAUCGAGCCAACGCGUGA